GAAGAAGACCUGCUAAUUGAGUAAUUGUUUCUCCCUCGGCGUAAAAACCUAGGGUUUUGGCUCCGCCGAAGAACAAAGCUUCAAUUAAGCUUCUUCUUCUUCAAUUACUCCUUCCCUUACUUUCUUCGAUCUUAAAGUCCUAAUUUUUCUUCAAUGGCUUCCAACAAUACCGCCUCCGCCUUAGAGAAAGAACAGAUCUUUGGAUUGGCAGAAAAAGAGAUGGAAUACAGGGUUGAGUUGUUCAACAAGCUUACACAUACAUGUUUCAACAAAUGUAUUGAGAAAAAGUACAAGGAGUCUGAGUUGAAUAUGAGUGAAAAUAGUUGCAUUGAUCGCUGUGUUUCAAAGUAUUGGCAGGUGACGAACCUGGUAGGACAGCUGCUCGGUACAAAUCGACCCCCAGUUUGAUAGGCCACAAUUCAGAAGAUUUACAAGACCAUAUUGCUCAAUUUUUUGAACCUAAUAAGCUGCAUUUUUAUUUAGAGGCUAUAACAAUUUCCCCCCUUUUUGAGGGUAGAAAGGAUGCUAGCUGUUGAUUAUGUAUGAUUUUGAAGACAUAAAUGUUAUCACCUUGAAGCAAUUUUAACUUGAAAUGAUAUUUCUUGCGCCAUUAUUUAAA